AUAAUUAUUCACUUUAGACAAUGAGUUUACCACAAAAACAGUCAUCAGAAACAUACGAAGUCACGUAUGAUGAGUCGCGACAAGAGUUAAGCAAAAACGGUGAAGUGAUUAUAAGAAAUCCUCAUUUGAAUGGUCUGUCUUCAGAUGUAUUAUACCAUUUGGCAAUCAGUACAGACACUCAUGACUUGCCGGCGCUCUUCGGUGACGUCAAGUUUGUUUGUGUCGGCGGAACACUUAAACGGAUGAAACAAUUUGCAGAAUAUAUGGCUAAAGAACUGGACAUUCAAUUUGAUGGCAAAGAUUGGACGGCGGCUUCGUUUCGUUAUUCAAUGUUCAAAGUGGGACCUGUUUUAUCAGUUACGCACGGAAUGGGUAUCUCUUCUCUAUCCAUAUUAAUGCAUGAAAUCAUUAAACUAGUAUAUUAUGCCAAAUGCAAAAAUGUUGUAUUUCUUAGAAUCGGUACUUCAGGCGGAAUAGGUGUAGAACCGGGAACUGUUGUUAUUACAGAUAAAGCAGUGGAUGGUCUGCUUCGACCCUAUUAUGAAUUGUACAUAUUAGGAAAGGUAGUCCGUAGACCAUCCAUAUGUAACAAAGAGUUGGUGGAAGAGCUCAAAUCAAUUGCUGCCCAAGAAAUAAAAGAUUUUCCAACAAUCAGUGGCACCACAAUGUGUACGCUUGACUUUUAUGAAUCCCAGGCACGACUUGACGGUGCUUUUUGCGACCUAACAGCCCAACAAAAAAUUGAUUUCUUAAACAAAUUGAAAGAUGCAAAUGUUGUCAACAUUGAGAUGGAGGCCAUAACCUUUGCAUCCAUGUGCCACUACACCGGCAUUCAGGGCGCUAUUAUCUGUGUGACUCUUGUUAAUAGACUACUUGGGGAUCAGGUGUCGGCAAAUAAAGAUUAUUUGUAUCAAUUGCAGACACGACCCCAGAUAUUAGCAGCAAAAUUGAUUAAAAAACGUUUGGCUUUAUAUAAGUCACAAAAUAUCUAAUUGUCUAAAUUGUCUAUACAUUUAUACAAUAUAUUAUGUUAUUAGUGUAAUUGUAUUGACUAUAAAUCUUAUAAUAACAUGUAA